CCCGAUACUAUAAAAUCCCUCCGCAAGCCGCUUCACCCUCAUCUCCUGUUCAUUCGCCAUUUUGUUACAGCUCAGUUGAUCAGACUUCCUUGAAUUUGCACCAUGAGCGGAUGUCGAGUGUUCAUUGGCCGCCUGAGCCCCCACGCCCGGGAAAGAGACGUGGAGAAGUUCUUCAAGGGCUAUGGACGCAUCAGAGAGAUUAAUCUGAAAAAUGGAUUUGGAUUUGUGGAGUUUGAUGACCACAGAGAUGCAGAUGAUGCCGUGUACGAGCUGAACGGAAAGGAGCUUUGCAGUGAGAGGGUGACCAUUGAGCAUGCUCGAUCUCGCCGUGGCAGAGGAGGUGGUCCUGGAAUGGGUGGGGGACGUUUCUCUCCACGCUUUGGAGGCUACCGUCAGUCACGUAGUGCGGGGUCCAGGUAUGGUCCUCCUGUUCGUACAGAGCACCGAAUCGUUGUGGAGAAUCUGUCUUCCCGGAUCAGCUGGCAGGACCUGAAAGACUUGAUGAGAAAAGUGGGUGAUGUGACGUUUGUGGACGCCCACAGGACCAACAAGAACGAAGGGGUUGUUGAGUUUGCCAGUCACAGCGACAUGAAAAAUGCCAUUGAGAAGCUAGAUGGCACAGACCUGAACGGCCGCAAGAUCAAGUUGUUUGAGGACCGCAAAAGGAACCGCAGCCGAAGCCGUUCCCGCAGCUCCUCCCGGUCACGCUCCCGUUCCCGCUCCAAAUCUCCCAGCCGUAGCCGCAGCCGUGAGAGCAAACGCGAGAGCAAACGUUCUCGCAGCCGCUCUCGCUCUGCCAGCCGGACUCCAGAAAAAAAGCAGUCAGCUGCCUCUCGCUCCAGAUCACCUUCGCCAUCUUCUCCACCUCAGAGGAAACAGUCCCGCUCUCGUUCUCGUUCUCGCUCUGCGUCCACCGAGAGCCAACACUGAGAUUGAACUUGUGUGUAUAAUUGUGUGUUUUGUCUAAGGCUGAAUGUGUUUAAAAAUGGCAGAAGCUUAAUCAGUUAAACAUGUUUUUGUGGCAAAAGGAAUAGUUCAGCCAAAGAUGUUUGCGGAGAACUGCAGCAUUUUACCUUUUUAUCUGUCUGCUGUGUCUGUAGUGUACGGUUGUUUACUACUGAAUGUCUGAAAAAAGCAACAUCCUACUGACUCUAAACUCAUUUAAAGUAGACUCCAUUGGGCAGCUACUUAAAUGGAACAUCAGAACAUGUCAAACCUAUCUGGUAAACUACCCAAAAGCUACAAAUGUGGCAGAGAUAUGGACUGUUGCUUAAAGCAGGUUGUCCGCUUAGUUCUACUUAUUGAUGGUCGUUUCAGUUUGUUGUCUGCAUGUUUGGACUAUUCCUUUUACUAUCAUUAUGUAAACGCUUUUAUUUUAUUAUUUUUUUCCUCCCCAAUCAAACAUGCUUCAUAUUGGUCAGUGCCUAAUUUUCCUGAAUGAUGCAAUAAUUGCUUCUCCCCCCCCAGUCCUUUUGAUUAGCCCCUGCUCUUUCUGCUUGUUUUGUAGUAGUGACGCACUUGAUGAAUAAUAAUAAACCACAUUUGUAAUAGUUGGUACAGAAAUUUUCACUGGACCAUGAUUGCAUUUUUUUUUUUUUUAAUUUCUGAAUUGGCCAAACUGUCCUUUUUAACUGCGACACCCAGAAGCAGGCACAGGACUGGUUGAUAUGUUUGUGCUUUCUCCUUUUAUUUUCUUUUUUUUUUUUUUUUUUCUUUUUUUUUUUUAAAUGGAGUUCUUGUGCUGUUCUUGAUUUUGGAGAAAGUUUUUUGAGGUGUUCUAUGAACUAACUGUGAAUACUGAUUUAAUACAGAAAUAAACUAUAAAACCAAA